AUGUGUACUCUCGUUGAAACACAUGAAGCUCUAGUACCAGUUGAUCCAUUGCACUCUCCAAUUCUAGCGACUUUGGAAUGCCUGCCCCGUACGGUUUUCACAGAAGUUAACGAUCACAGACGGCUGGAUUUUUCGAGAGCGGACUACGCGCAGCUGAACGAAGCACUUUUAACUGUUGACUGGGCAACGUUGUACAACAUGCAUGACAUCGAUGAAGCAGUUCAGUGCUUCACUACCACUCUCACGCAACUUUUUACAGAGCAUAUUCCCGUCUGUCGCCCGCGCCCAAACACGCCCUGGUCUAAUAACUAUCUUAGAUACCUGAAACGUAAACGCGCCAACGCUCUUAGAAAGUUUUCAAACAAUCGUAACCAGGUCACGAAAACAAGGUUUUACCGCGGGCUAUAUGCUCGUUAUGUAACACGAAAGCAGGAUGCACUGAAAAAGUUUCCCAAGCGCUUUUGGACAUUUGUAAGCGAUAAGCGGAAAGAAGCAGGUUUACCGUCAAGCAUGUUUUUGGGAGAUGAAAAUUCGACAGACGCAGACGGCAUAUGCAACCUAUUCGCUAAACAAUCCUCCAGAGCAUUCGAUGAAACGACAGUAAGUCAGGAUCAGACUGAUUUGGCCAUUAGAGACGUACCAAGAGGAGCUCUAAGUAUGAAUAUCAGUGAGUUCUCAGACGAGGAUGUCAUGAAUGGUGUCAGAAAACUGAAAUCAUCAACCAGAUCCGGACCGGAUGGAAUUCCUGCGAUAGUUCUUAUCAAAUGCGCCCGGGCCAUCUGCGGUCCGCUGCGUUCCAUUUUCAAUAAGUCGCUUGCACAGGCGGAAUUUCCGGAGAAGUGGAGAAAAUCCAUUAUGUUUCCGGCGAUUAAAAAGGGAGAUAAGCGUGAUGUAUCAAACUACCGUGGUGUGACUUCGCUAAGUGCAGGAUCCAAACUGUUUGAGAUCCUUGUUAAGACACUAGACGAUUGCCGAAAGCUGCAGCAGAUCAUCGAUAUCUUCGCAGACUGGUGUGAGCGAAACUUUCUAACCAUAAGCGUGAAGAAGUGA